GUUUUGUUCUUCCUGAAACAAAAUGGCGGAGCUCAGUGCAUAUCGAGAUCAACAUUUUCGGGGCACUCGCGGAGAGCUGGAAAAUAGGCUAGAAACCAGUUCGACACUGUACGUCGGGAAUCUGUCAUUUUACACAAGUGAAGAACAGAUUUAUGAGUUAUUCGCCCGGGCUGGAGACUUGAAAAGGAUUAUAAUGGGACUGGACAAACUUAAAAAGACUCCUUGUGGAUUUUGCUUCGUAGAGUAUUACACACGUGAAGAUGCUCAAAAUGCAAUGUGGUACAUUAAUGGCACAAGACUAGAUGAUCGUAUUAUACGAACUGACUGGGAUGCAGGUUUCAUAGAAGGACGACAGUAUGGACGUGGGAAAAGUGGAGGGCAGGUGCGAGAUGAGUAUAGAACUGAUUUUGACCCUGGCAGAGGGGGUUACGGUAAACAAGGGCAGCAGAAUUCAGGAGUUAUAACUAGUCCUCCAGUUGCUUACUCAAAGCGGUGACACAUGCUUAAUAUUCAACGUUCUUGACAGUGAAAAGAAAAUCUGUUCUUUCUCAAGCUUCUAAGCAUGUGCAAGUUACUACUGAUUGUAAAGAACAACAUCAAUAGGGGUGCAAGUCCAAAUGUAUGUUUAGCGCUUUCUGACACAGCUUUCACAAGGAUUCUAUGUGCAAGUGUCAAAUAACAGAACAAAUAUUGAAAAGUAACAAGACUGAAUUUGGUUCAGGCCUCGUAAAAAACACUUUGUUUCCUCAGAACUUUCCUUAAGUAGAGGGCAAACAAGUCUGGAGUAAAGUUAAGGUAGAACCAUUUGCCAUCAUGGUGUACAGAUUUUCUUAAGCACCAAAGCUGUUACAGUGAUAUUAGAGAGCACUACUCAAAAAAAUCAACUUCUCCACAUAUGUUAUAAGAAAAUACAAGACUGUUUGGGAGGGAGGAAAAUCUAGCAAUCUAUCACAUGCACUCCUUCUUUUGAUAAGGAAAUUGGCAUCACCAUACAAAGCGAUGGAUUUUUUUUAACUACACUAAGCAGUAACCAGUGCACAAAAAUAUUCUAAAAUUAAGUUGUUUUAAGUUGUAAUAUUUUUCUUUGUAGAAUGGGUAGUUAAUGCCAUACCAAUUCAUUAAUUUUAGUAUCAAAGAUGUCUUUAAUCUUACAAAAAAAUACAGUCCAUAAAACCAUGUACCAGUAUCUUUCCAGUUAUAAUUGAU